UGGCCUUCUUCUUCUCCUCUCAUCUCAUCUGCGUGGGCACAUCCAUAAUAAUAAAAAUGUCAGCCGCCGGACCCUCACCAGCCCCUGCGAGUAGACGACAAUCUAAAUGAGAAAUCGUUAGAAAACUAAUGUCCCUGAGUGUGCUUCGAGUCGGUCAAAUGUAGCCACCGAGCUCCAAGUGAAUUCGUAUUGGCUGGUUUGCCUCAUUAUGCCGCAAAAUGCACCUAAAAGUCCAAAUGUCUUGAAAUGCAUCGUUAAGAUGAUGGAUAAAGCAAAUUCAAUUAUCGCUAGAUGUAAAAAAACAAAACAAAACCUUGAACUCUUUGUAAGUGCACCGAAACGAAUAUGCUUUGGACAAAAACAACAAAUGUAAAAAUAAUAAACAAACAUCCAUUUUAGUGUCAUUUAUAAAAAUAAAACAAUAACAAAUGUAAUUCCCAGAUAGAAAAUAUAAGCACACAAUGUUUCUUUCAUUAAUUAAAAAAAGUUCCUUCCCAUAGCUCCCCAAACAAAACAAACAAUAUUUGUUCAUAUUGUAUAAAUGUCGUUGCACAGCUGCAGAUUGUUUUAUCCUCAAUAAUGUAACCCCCCCCCCCCCCCCCCCCAAAAAAAAAAAAAAAAAAAAAAACAUCUCCAAUCUGAAUGUGAUUGAUAUAACAGGGCAUCAGUAGCCAUGACAUAUGGCUAGCAGGGAAAGCUGGAACAAUUGAACCAUGUUGAGGCAAAGCUGGAUUUCUGCAUUCGCGGGAAGCCACUGAUCUGACCCAUAUUGUGUCACUAGAAAAGCAUUUAGACCAAACGUAAAAUAUGUUUUGCAAUACAUUCGUAUCCGUGGGAAAGCUGUGUUAAAUCGCUCUUGUUGUAAUGUGUGUAGGCUCACACCAAAAAAAAAAAAAAGCCUCCACCCACUCCUUUCCUUGCACACAAAGCCUGCGCGUAAUUCUCAAAUUCCCUAUGGCAACCUUCUCCCCACGAACUGGUUCGAUGUGUAGAAAAAAAAAAAAUCUCCAUGUGAGGGUGUAAAUCAGGUUCCCAUUAGAGAUAAGAGCGAUAAAAGCCAGGUGGACACCUUCCCGAUACUCACCCGUCGGUGUGUUCGCUGCCUCCCCGGCAAGGAAAUGCCUACUCGCCUCGUCCGAUUCAUAUUUAUCUUCUAAAACAUCCCUCCGGCGACAGCUCGGGCUAGAAGCAGCCGAAAAUGCUUCUAAUCUGAGCGACCAGUGUUUCUCGCCGCUUCCUGGCUGCAUUUGAUCCGCGGGAGAGUUAGAAGCCUUAAAUGUGUUGUGAGGGCACCGAGCUGUCAGACCUUUUGGCGAGUAAGAUUGAUCGCGUGCAGGCUUCCAGCACUCUUUGUUUGCUAUAUAAGCAACAAACUGCGCGGGACCUAUACCACUUCUUCCUCUCUCUUCCUCACCAAGUCCUAUUUUUCUUUCCAUGGAAAUAUACCACGGUGUGUUUAAGGGGGUGGAAACAUUCCCAUAAAUGUGGCGUUCGCGGAUGACUUUGGAAGGACAAUAAAGCAAAGUCACAGCAGGGGAGUGACGUUCAGCAAUAACGCAGCAAAUUAUUCGUUUUUAAUGUUUAUGGUAACCACGCUGCUCAUUACUUAGCUGGAGUGCACACCCUGGAGGCCUUUUAAGCCCCGUAAAAGCAUCUCAAAACCAUUGUAAUAAUACGAACAAAAAUGAGGUCGGCUUGAAACGCGGCCGAUAGCAGCCAUCAGGGCCGUGUUAAACCUCGUGUUAUAUAUUACGUGCGUAAACAAUAGCAUAUUGCAGCUGCGUAUCCGAUUUUGUACGGUGCGCGCAUUUAGGUAGAUUUGCGUCAACGUGUUGUUCUGCUAAUGGUCCGAAAGGGUCAACUCUGCCACCCAUAACUUUGUAUUGCUGCUUAUGCUCGUGUAUUUCCCUCAUGUCAUCCCUCAGACAUGCUGGAGUCACUGAAUACGUCUCAAAAACAGUUUUGGGGUAUGUUGCGUGUGUCGUGCGUGCGCGUGCGCGCGUGCGCGUGAGUGGCGGGGGGCGUUCUCGCCUGACAUCCUCAAACAAUACGAGAAAGAGGAAUGAACGAAUCCGCGCGCCCGAAGCUCGGGGUCUUCCCUGCAAUAGUGAGAGUCGGCCAUUCUUAAAAACACACUUGUUAUUUUUGUUUUUCCGCAGUUGGGAGGGCGAGAGAAGGAUAAAGAUGUAAAUAAAAGUGGCUCAGCUGAGCGAGGCGGCAGCAGCAGACUUUUUGGAUCAAUCAGGCAGUCAGUGGCUUCUUUUGAUGAAAGCCCAAAUUGUCAUUGGGCAGAGGUAAUCAUGUGACAGGCAACUCGGUCCAAUUUCAACCUUGUCUCCAUGAAUUCAAUAGUUUCAUAGUAGCUCGGUCCCCACACGGCCGUAAUCACUGAAAUAGGAAGAGGAAACCAUCACAGGACAUUUUGGAAUGUUUUUUUCUUUUUUUGGGUCGUCGCAUCGCCAUUGAGUUUGUCGACAAUAACGCGUACAAACUUUCCUGGGCUCGCAGGGAGAGGAGAUGAAUUACGAAUUCGAGCGAGAGAGCGGAUUUAUCAAUAGUCAGCCUUCACUUGCUGAGUGCCUGACAUCUUUCCCCCCUGUCGCUGAUUCAUUUCAAAGUUCAUCAAUCAAGAGCUCGACACUGAUUCCUCCUCCCUUCGAGCAGACCAUCCCCAGCCUCAACCCGGGCAGCCAUCCGCGCCACGGCCGCCCGAGACACAGCCCCGACGGAUGCAGCCCGCUGCCCACCGCCUCCCUGCCUCCGGAGUACCCGUGGAUGCGGGAGAAGAAAGCCUCCAAGCGGAACCACCUGCCCACGUCCACCGCUACCACCUUAGCCAAUAAUGGACCCGUGUGCUUCUCCCCCAAAGGCUCGCCGGAGGUCGCGGAAGGCGGAGGGAUAAGCGCCGGCUCCCGCCGGCUCAGGACGGCCUACACCAACACCCAGCUCCUGGAGCUGGAGAAGGAAUUCCACUUCAACAAGUACCUGUGCCGGCCCAGGCGGGUGGAGAUCGCGGCCCUGCUCGACCUGACCGAGAGGCAAGUCAAAGUGUGGUUCCAGAACCGGCGCAUGAAGCACAAGCGGCAGACGCAGAGCAAGGAGAACCACAACGGGGACGCCGGCAAGGGUCCCGGCGGUGGGGAGGACGGAAUGCACAGCGAGGACGACGACGAGGGGCCCCUGUACGAGCAAAGCGGGGCCCUGCUGGAGAGGGACACCUUCUCCUUUCACAACAACAAUCUGGAACCCACGCAGCAGGUCCACAAUAGCUUCGCUGCUGCGCCGCUGAGCAGCAAUGAGAAAAAUCUCAAACAUUUUCCCAACCCGUCACCCACUGUUCCGGGCUGCGUGUCAACAAUGGGCCCCGGCUCGGCAUCUGCGCCGGACAAUGGCGACAGUCCCCCUGCCCUGGAUGUUUCUAUACACGACUUCCAAGCUUUCUCGUCGGAUUCCUGCCUGCAGCUCUCCGAUGCAGCCUCGCCGAGCUUGUCAGAAUCCCUGGACAGUCCCGCGGACAUUUCUGCAGACACUUUCUAUUUUUUCUCGGAAUCCUUAACUACAAUCGACCUGCAGAAUCUCAAUUAUUAACAGCAAUCAAUGACGACUAGUUCUCCUUCUUUUCGGGGUUAACUCAACUUAUCUUAUUUGUAUAUUCGGCACACAGUUUGUGGGACGGUAAAGAUGAAAAUAAAUCACAGAGAAGAGGACAGUAAUUAUCACAACGGAUUUUUUUUUUUUUUCGGAGUGGAAAUUAUUAUGGGUGUGUGUGAAAAUCUACAAUAUUCGGCCCGUGUGGAAACUGGUCAUUUUUAUUUUUGUAUAGCUUCCAAUGUCUUGACUAUUUUUGUUAGAAUACAAUGAACUUGCUACAAUCUUU